CGAUCGUUGAGAAAUUUUAAUAUAAAAAAAUAACUCUUUCUCCUAAAUUAAAUUUUUUUUUCUUUCUUUUCAAUAAAUUAUUCCAAUAAAUUAUUCCACAUCUAAUAAAAAUUUAUUCUAGUAAUGUCGGCAGAUACGCGGACUCCUUUGGUCAAUGACUCGCAACAUUCUUAUUAUUGUUUAACACCUGAAAGUGAUGAAAAUGAUAAUUCAUCUAACAAAUCAUAUGAUGAUGAAUAUGAUAAUUUUUAUGAGGAAAUUAAUGAGAGACUGACUAUAAUUCGUGAUGUCAUUAGGAAUUUGGUACCUUUGGGUUCAAUUAAAAGUGCCGAAGAGCUUAUAAUUGAACCAGUUGUUGAUUACGUAUUCGAGAAAUGUAAAAAAGAUCCGUGCAUUGUUUUUGUCGUAUUAUAUUAUGCGAGAGGAUUACAAAAAAUGAUUAAAGCUGAUGGUAAUGGACCGGCUUUAGUCAGUAUGAGAACUAGAAGAAUUGAGUGUAGUGAAUUAUUAGCUAUAGAAUUAGUUCAUAAAUUUGAUGAUCAAGAACUUAUAUUCACUAAAGUAUUAACGAAACGAUAUGCAUUCUCACAAUAUGAUGAUCUCGAAACUCGUAAAAAUGCUUUGGAUCUCGCAGCAAGAAUUUAUUCUGAAAAUAGUGAUCAUGGCACAUUGUUUUUAUCUGAUGAUGAAGUUCAAUCGUGUCUAUAUGCAUUAUGGACUGGUCACUUAAUGCCGUCACAAAUUUCCGAUAUAUCACGUACUAUAGCCGUUACCGAUUAUCAUAUUCCAAAACAUAGUUCAAAUUUCUUUGAAACCUAUAAAAAUUUAGAUUUAUUAUGUAUUCCUAGAAAUCAAUAUUUAUUUGACGUAUUUGCAUAUGUUACAUUUUUAUUAAUUUAUACUCUUUUCGCCGCCAAUAUUGACGAGAUUCGUAAAUAUGAUAGUUAUUUGGAAACAAUGAUGUAUUUUUUAGUAUCAUCUUUUAUGUUAGAUGAUGUUUGUUUAUUCCAAAAACAUGGAGUUAAGCAUUUCACAUCUCUUAGAAAAUUACUUUCAUUUAUUAUAUAUGCGAUUUUCAUUAUUGACAUGAUGUUAAGAAUUAGAAAUUUUAUUAAUCCUGAUAGUUCCCUUCCUUCAUUACAUCGAAAAAUUCUAUCAUUAGUACCUUUAUUUCUUCAUUGGCGAGUUCUUUUAUUAUUGGAUGCAUUUCAACCAGUUGGAAGAUGGUUAACUCAAAUUUCAAGAAUUUUAAAGAAGAGCAUGUCAUAUUAUAUUUUAUUAUCUUUGGCAUUUUUUGCAUUCUUUCAAUCAUUUUUAGUUCUUCAAGAUAGUUAUAAUAAUCAGAAUGAUGAGUUAAGUGAAUGGGAAAUUUUCAAACUUUUGAUUAAAGGAAUAUUAAUUGCACCGGAUUUUCAAACUGUGAACGAAGUGGAACAUAGAUUUGGUUUUUUGUUAUACUCUUUUUAUGUAUUUAUAGUUAGUAUUAUUCUCUUUGCAGUCUUACUUCCAUUAUUUAUGACGGCAUUGUCAACUAGACGUUCAGUUCCAGAAGAGUAUUUAUCACAUUUCGCAUAUUUAGUCUUAAGAGAAGUAAGACAACAAACUCGAUAUAAUUAUCCUCCACCAUUUAAUAUUUUAUGUUAUAUAUUCAUAUUACCAAUUUACUGUAUUUUUGGAAAAAACCGAAAUGUACGUUCAUAUGUGAAAAUUUUAACAGGAAUAAUAUUUUUUAUUCCAAUGAUUAUUUUUACUUUGAUUCAAAUACGUGGAGGUAAAAAUAAUCAAGAAAAGGAUGUUAGAGAUAUAGAUGUAAAAGAAUUACCGGAUUUACCCAUUCCUCAAGAUGAAAAUCAAAUGCUUAGAAUAAUAUUACAUAAAUUAGAUAUAAUUAAUGAACAACAAAGCAGGCUUCAAUCUAAAUUGGAAAAUAUUGAAUCUCAUUUAGGUGGUGUUUAUUCAGUAUAAAUUUGUUAAAGUAUUUUAAAAUAGAUUUUAAUAAAAGUAUACCAGAUACCGUACUUUAUUUUUAAUUAAUAAAUAAAUAAUAUUAUUAUAUUUUUAUAUUUUUGUAUUAGAAAAGUG